AUGCCUUCCAUCUCCUCCAUCUUCGUUGCAGUCCUAUUUGUCUCUACCUUCCUUCAAGUCUCUGUGUUGGGUAGUGAAGAUACGAAUGGAAGUGCUGAUGACGAGUCUGAUGCCAACAUUGGCGGGCGUAGGCCGUGCGGAACACUACUGGAGCGCAGUGAAUGGAGGACCCUCACUGACAACCAAAAAUCCGAUUAUAUCAAGGCCAUCAAAUGCCUGCAGAGCAAGCCCGCUCUCCAGCCAGUCAUCAAGGAAGCGAAGACCCGAUUCGAUGAAUUCCAAGCCUAUCACAUUGCAAUUGCCGACACGGUUCACCUAGUGGGCCAAUUUCUUCCGUGGCACAGAUUAUUUGUGAAAUCGUACGAAACUGCACUUCGCGAAGAGUGUGGUUACAAAGGCGCCAAUCCCUACUGGGACUGGUCACAGGAUGCUGCUGAGUUUGCACAAUCUCCUGUUUUUGACCCUGUUACUGGAUUUGGUGGUGAUGGUGUUCCCGGGACAUACACCCUUCCACCCUAUGGAAAUGAUUCCAAGAUAUAUGACCCUCAUAUGUUUGUAGGAUGCGUCCAGAAUGGCCCUUUUGCACAAUAUCCCCUCAGCAUCGGACCCGGGAAACUUGUCACUGAUCAUUGCCUUACUCGCGGUAUAAAUAACACAUAUAGUUCGAAGUAUCUCAGCGCCGCAGCGGUAGCUCUCGCCACGCGCCUUCCUACUUUUGAACUUUUCCAUGUUCAACUUGAAGGAGAACCACUCACACCUGACCAUGGAAUCCAUGACGGUGGACACAUUGCCAUCGGAGGAGAAAUGAGCAACUUUUACUCUAGCCCUGGAGACCCUGUCUUCUACCUUCAUCACUCCAACUUGGACCGCGUGUGGUGGAAUUGGCAACAGGCAUUACCUCAACGCCUGUAUGAAAUCUCCGGCCGGUCAACAACCACACCGCCAUUCAAAAACGUUACCCUUGACUAUACACUACUCAUGGGUAAUCUUGGAGAGACGCGCCCUAUACGUGAUGUUAUGGAUAUUCACAGCGAGCCUCUGUGCUAUACCUACGUCUGA